ACACACACACCCUCAGAGAUGCAUAACAAUCAGAAGGAGCAUUUGUAUAAAAUUCUUGUCAUCGGUGAUUUGGGAGUAGGGAAGACCAGCAUCAUUAAGCGGUAUGUGCACCAGACGUACUCCACCAACUACAGAGCCACCAUCGGUGUGGAUUUCGCGCUCAAAGUUCUAAACUGGGACUCAGAGACGGUCCGGCUGCAGCUGUGGGACAUUGCAGGUCAGGAGAGGUUCGGCAACAUGACGCGGGUUUAUUACAGAGAGGCCAUGGGGGCGUUUAUUGUGUUUGAUGUUACCAGACCUGCCACGUUUGAGGCAGUCUCCAAAUGGAAGGAGGAUCUGGACUCUAAAUUAGUACUUUCAAAUGGCCAGAGUAUCGCCACAGUGCUCCUGGCCAACAAGUGCGACCAAAACAGAGACUUUCUGACUAACAACAGCCUGAAAAUGGACCAGUACUGCAGGGAGAAUGGAUUUGUGGGGUGGUUUGAGACAUCUGCUAAGGAAAACGUCAACAUUAAUGAUGCAGCCAACUUCCUUGUGAAGCACAUAAUUGCCAGUGAGAACGAUAUCCUGAAAUCAGUGGUUCCAGAUACCAUCUCUCCUCAACUCAACUCGGAUAAAGAAAUUACCUGUUCUGCUUGCUUCAAACCUUGAGAAGACAGCAGCGCUGGUGGACUGAUGAAGAUAUAGACCUUCACACCAGAAUCGAUCUGAUUCCAGCACUACGUCGGUCAACCAUCGAUCAACCGUUGAAGCUACAGACACUUUGAGCUUGCACAGAGUAAAUGUAUUUAUGUUAAAAGCUGCACUUUUUUGAUACUUAUGUCUAACAAAAGGCUUGGCUGCACAAGGUAAUAGAUGAGUAUUUAUUUCUGUCAGACACACAGACAGAUGGCUGAUUAAACAAGAGUGUUUCAUCAGCAUGCACACUGUAAUAUAGUGGUUUCUGGUGGGUAAGAUUUAAUAACCUCGGAGUCGAAUGAAAGUAAUCAUCUUUUUUUUACUUUAAGUGCAACACUGUUUCAGGAAAGUCACUGAUAAAGUCCCAAUGAUGUUGCACAAAGACUAUAGUUAUGCAUUAGUUAUGUCUCAAUCAUAAACUAUGACUUUCUACUUCCUAUUUGUAGGCAUGAUGGCAUUUGUGGGAGGAAUAUUUCAUUCUAUUGGGCAUUUGAUUGGAUGAAACAAUCGCACAGCACAGGAAAAGUCAUCAAUAUUUUACCUAUACAGUUAUUAAUUUAAAAAGCUUAAAGUUUAAUUUGUUAAAUAAGCCAUAUGUAAAAUUCUAAUAUAUCUGUUAUUACCAACACUGGUGGUCUAUAAAGGCGCAAUAUGUGCAAUCAAUAUUAACGAAACCCAACGUUUCUUAAAGUGUACGUUAUCCCAAAUCCAGAGUAAAAAAAAAGCGUUUUACCUAGUGAACAUGUCUUUGCGCCAUCAGACUAUUCCUUUGUUGUGAAUACGCACCCUUUAACACCAAAAAAUGUCAUACUAUUGCUUUAAGUAAACUUUCAUUCUUAACUUUGAAGCAAAACAAAAUAAUAUAGACACUAUUGUAUGAAAUUAUUGAUAACACCCUGAAGCCACCUGCACUGCUGAGAGCUGUUUAGAUGAAUAAAUAAAUGUUCUGCACUCGUUCCACAAUUAAGGCACAAUAAAAAUGACAGUGGUGAGAAAACAAAGGUUAAGAAAGCAUCUGAUUUUAGCGGUUCUGAAAUUCACGUUGACAGAUGAAAUAAGUAAAAUUAUACUACUAUGAUAGUUUGAUUAUACUAUUAGGAACACUUUACAAUAAUGUUGAAUUAGUUUGUUAGUUAAUGAAUUUACUAACAUGAACAAACAAUCAACAAUACAUUUAUUACAGUAUUUAUUUAGCAUUGUUAAUGGCCUUGUUAGUUCAUGUUAACUAUGUAUUUGUAAAUGUUGAACUAUUAAUAAAUGCUGUGCUGGUAUUGUUCAUUAUUAGUUCAUGUUAGUAAAUACUUUAACGAUCAUUAACCAAUGAAACCUUUUUUGUAAAGUGUGACCAUGACAGUAGUACAGCUUGAUUAUAUGUAAGCAUUUGUUUCACAUUUAUAUGCUGUAAAAAAUGCUGGGUUUCACAUAAUUCCUUCAUGUUGUCGGAACAUAAGUCGAUUAAGUUAACUUCAUUGUUUUUACAAAUUUAGGUGGAUUGAACGCAAAACAAUUAAGUUGUCCCCCUUAAAAACUCAAGAAUUGAGUUGAUUCAGCUCAUUUUAAAUAAGUAGUUUGAACAAGCAGCAAAAGUCAUUUUAGGAGAUGAUCUUUGGAUUCAACAUAAAAAGUAAAAAUAAGUGUAAUUUAUUCAACAAAAAUGCUUUGUUUACCCCAAGGAAUCAAGAAAGACCUCUCACUCUCUUAUUCCUCUCUGAUUUUGUUACAAGCUGUUCACACAUUGGUAAUAAUAUGCCAUACAUAAAUGACAAUUUGUAUUUAUAUCCUUCUUAAAGUCAUCAUAAAGUAAAAAAUGGCAUUUCCUAAAUGCAUGUCAUUAAUUUUAUUAAUAAAUUUAUAUAUUUAUGUAAUGUGACUUUAUGUUCAGGACUUCCCUAGCAUAAAAUAACAGGGUGUCUGCUAGGUCUUAAAAAAUCUUAAAAUUUAACCUGUUUAUUUUUUCCCCAAUUUCUGUUAAACGGAUUUUUUUCAACACAUUUCUAAACAUAAUAGUUUUAAUAACUCAUUUCUAAUAACUGGUUUGUUUUAUCUUUGCCAUGAUGACAGUAAAUAAUAUUUGAUUAGAUAUUUUUCAAGACACUUCUAUACAGCUUAAAGUGACAUUUAGAGGCUUAACUGGGUUAAUCAGGCUAACUAGGCAGGUUAGGGUAAUUAGGCAAGUUAUUGUAUAACAGUGGUUUGUUCUGCAUACAGUCGAAAAAAAAAACUAAUAGCUUAAAGGGGCUAAUAAUUUUGACCUUAAAACGGUUCAUUAAUGCUUUUAUUCUAGCUGAAAUAAAACAAAUAAGACUUUCUCCAGAAGAAAAAAUAUUAUCAGACAUACUGUGAAAAUUUCCUUGCUCUGUUAAACAUCAUUUGAGAAAUAUAAAAAAAUAAUAAUUCAAAGGGGGGCUAAUAAUUCUGACUUAAACUGAAUCUCUUUACGUUACCUUACAUUCAUACAGAAACGCUUUACAGAAGUAAGGAGCAGACAUAAUAUUCAUAAAUAGGCCUGAAAUAUAAGGUUUUAUAUCAAAAACGCAUGAGGUUGAAUAGAAUUUAUACUCAAACAAUUUGGACUAAAGUUUAACAAAAAUAUAUUUUGGAUUAUUUAUGUAAUUGUCUCCACAAUAAAUAUACCUUUAGCAAUGUUAAAAUUGUCAUUGUUUAUAAAAAUAGAAAUAUUAUGUUGAAAAAGUGUUCUUGUUUUGACACAUUAAAGUAUGGUGCUAAGAAAUAAUUACAUUGAAUUUUUUUUUUUUGUGGCAAAAAAAUUAUACAUUUUCAUUGGCCCAACCAAGCCAUUAGAAAUCAUCAUUAGUAUUUAGCUCUGCAAAAUUUAAUUCACAAAGGUCUUAAAAAGACCUAAAUUUGAUGAUAAAACCUGCAGAAACCCUGAAUAAUGACCUCGAAGCUAUAAAUCAAAGAGUUUAAGCUUCUGAUCUUGAUUCAUUAAAGUUAUUUGGAGCUUUAUGAAUUACUACUUUUACCUCAAUACAGUGUUAAUGGCCUGGCACGCUAUUACGACUUCAUGAGCCUUUUAUGGUUUUAAUUUAUAGCAUCUGAACUUGCAUUCCGCAAUAACGCGUCUCGAGUGUUCAUAAUCAAGCUAUUUUUCAGACUGUAUAUCUAAAAGGAGAGCUGCCAACCUCUUCCCUCAUCCUCUCUUGUCUCCUUGAACACCCUGGCCUUUCUUAUCUGCUGCCAUCCCUCCAUUUCAUCCCUUUUUUCACUCCUAUUUCGCAUCUCCUUUGCAGUGAUUCAGUGUAUGACUCACUGACAUUAUAUAAAUCUCCCAUGAUUGCCUAUAUCGCCGUGCGCUUUAUUCAAAUGCUUUAAUGUGUAUAUUGAUCUACUGCCUUUCCUUGCGCACCUAGUUUUUAUCCUCAAAUAUUAUUUGUCCGUGUGGGAGGUGUUGUAUUAUUAGGGAUUGUUUGGUAUUGUUAAAUAUGUUUUGUUCGCUGUUGUGUGAAGAUUGCUGUCUAGAAAACACUGAAGUAUUGACAUUUUAAAUAAUGUAAGAUUUUUAUGCUACUGUAUACGUCAAAUACAGUAUACUCUUAAAGAACGUGUCUAAAG